CCGCAUUUCAACCGCGCAAUCCGCUUGUUCAUUCACUAAUUGGACACUCAGGGUUGCUGCGGGACCGUUCGGCCUACUUCGGACCACACGUGGGGCAUUCCGGUAGUUGUUCCACCGCGGCAAGAGGGAAAUCCUUUUGCUUUGUGCUACCAACCACUUCCAAUUCCAACCGUGCUUCGGUGUUUUGCUAUGCGCACAUUCAUGGGCGUUCGUCGCGUGGGGCAGCAUAAAAGUAGAACUCAAUCGACGCUGAUGAAAUAAUAAAAGCUGCCUACCACUUGUUUCAUGCUUCUUAUUCGGCUAUUUGGGAAUUGUUUUAAGUUGAAGAUCGUUGCGGUGCGAUAAAGAAAGCGAGACGAAGUGGAAAUUCGUUCUAAGCGGAGUUUGUGGGUUUGUUUUGCUUUUGCUCUUGUUACUUUUGAUGAUGUGUUUUGCGGCCUACCGAGACAGACGCGGCGGACUCUCGUUACGUCUGUGGCAGUGAAUUAGCGCCCGGUUGUUCAAAUAAGGUGAUCCGGUUCGCGGUAGUUCUGCACUAUUUGCAUAAAUUCACGAUCGACUGAAAAGCGGCGGCAGAACGACACACAUCCUGCCUGUCUCGUAUAGCAUCGCAUCCGAUCGGCGUUUCAACCGGCCACGGAUGCAUAUUAUAGCAUUAUAGUAGCAGCAGCAGCAGCAGCAAGAGCGAGCUCAGCGAUUGCAACUAAGUGAUACGAAAUCCCAUAAUAGACCUAGACCGCAGAAAACAUUCGACACUCGUUCGCGGUUCGGGCGGGUUUCCUUCGAUUCACCUCACCGCAUCGAUUCUCGAAUCUCAACCUCAAAUCACUUGAUCGGAUUUCGCGUCGGUUGCGAUGAUUGACGGCGAUCGCAUGACCUUCGGUUGGACCGUAUGUAUGCUGCUAGAGCGGGACGGGUAACGUGGCUUACCGCAAAAGGGGGCUAAUUGUGAAUGGGUCGAUCGAGAAUGCAGGUGCCAAUCACGCCUUUAUCGAUGACUGCUAAGUACGAUGAUGGUGCGAUGCCAGCCAGCCCCAACGCCAGCGGUUGCAAAAAGUGGAAAUGAAAAAUAAAUUGAACGAUCGAUUGAUAAUUGAGGCUGGAGCAUUUUAGGGGCGAAUUGACGCACAAACUGGUAUUGAAUUAUCACUCGAUGAAUCAUUUCCCGAUAGAGAAAAAAUAAAGUGAUCAUUAUGCGAAGGUUAGUGGGUGUGUGCAGUGAUUUGGAUUCAAUUAGCGAAGAAAAAUCGAGUAAAUAGUAGUAUAAAUUUCGAUGCCGCACCGCCAGAUGUGAUAAAUAAUAAAAGCGAAAAAAACUGUGUGUUGUUUAGCAUUCCAAUCCAAGUCUAAGUGGUGUUCGGCUUUUUGGCAGUAGAAAACAUGAUGAUGGCAUGAUGGCAAAAAAUUAAAUAAUUUAUUCAGUUUUAUUCAGCUUGAAUGAAAAGAAAUGAGUAAAGAAAUUUAAAAGUGGAGAAGCGCAAAGUGGUAAUGAAAUUAUAUGAAGAAUGUGUAGUUUUGUUUAUUCAAGCGUAACGAAGCUUGCCAGUUUUGUGUCCGAUGAAAACGUAACAUACUGCUUUGCUGUUUAUUUUAGUGAGUGAAAGGAUCUGCAUAUUGAGACUCCGUGGAAAGAGAAAGAUUUAUCCAUGUCUAGAUAAGGACGAUGUGCGCUGGCUGACAAACUGAACCGUCCACGACCGGUACGACUUUCUCGCAGCAGCAGGUUUCGGUCGCACGUCAGCCGCACGAAAGCACGUACCGAUGUCUGUGCAUUCAUUACGCGGAUAGUCACAGCCUUCCCCGCGUCCCGCAGCAGUUUACCCACUUAAUCCCGUUGACAUAUUUUUUGGGAAUUUCCCUUGGCUAAGCUGGCGUAAUGAACGCUAUCGUGCGGCAAUGGAUAAACUAAUCGAUUUACGAAAGUGACUGCGUUGAGCCCGCGGCAGGAUGUCCGACCCAUCUAAGGCAAUGGCUGUUUCCACUUCUCGUAGUAACGAAUGCGGUUACAUGGGGAGAUUCACGGUAGCCGGUAUAGUCGACAAGUUUGAAACGGCGGCGGUAACUGACGUCAAUGCGAGUUCAGCGAAUGUUUGCUCAACAAGAGCGGAAACGCAAUCAGCCAGGGGUAGCUGGCAACUGGAAUCUGUUGAAUCAAGCAACGACAAUAGCGAUCUAGUCGCUCCAGGCGGCAUGACACAAGAUAAGGAAGCUGCAGCAGAAAUGACCAGUGGAAUUCCAACGACGAGGGGUGGCAGACCGCGGCAGCGGAAGACUGCCGUUUACAAAGGAUUUUGGGGUGAGGAAGACGGACGAAUCGAAAGCGGUCGAUCCGCGUCUGGUUCCUGGUCUUCCGGGGUUGAAAGUGACGAAGAGAUGGUUCGGUUUCCGUGCGUCGAACGACUGAUAGAGAUGUAUGCAAACAUCAUUAAGAAGCAGGAGGCUGAAACGCAGCGAUUUCUGAGUGUUGUCAUGAAUGGUGGCGUUGGGGGUGAUGGUGAAAGAGAAGGUGAUAAAAAACGAUUAGAUAAGACGGCAACUGUCGGGUCCCACGAUAAGACAGGUGCGAGCGAUGCCCGUCAGCUACAGUCUGGCUCAACGAGCAGUCCCGUAUUGUCCGAGCAGCUAAAAGCAGGCAGUGUUAGAAUACGAACAAACCGUAGUCCCUUUUCGGAUGACGAUUGGAGCACCAACCAGCAAAGUCCUUAUUGUUCCAGUGACGAAGACGGCGAUCAAAUGAAGAUUAAAAAUAGAGACAAGGUUACUCGCUCGUCGAGCUCCGAUUCCGCUCUGGGUUUGGAGGAGGAUCUCAGCCAGCAGGAGCAGCAACAAAUCAUCAACAGUGUGGGCAAAACGCGCCGACUAACGCUUGGAGUAUCUGACAUACCGUUACGGUCUGCACUGCUGCCGGUACCGGAACCAACACUUCUUCCAACAUCCGACAGCACAACAAUCGGCGUGGAACACUGCCCGACAGUCGUUCGCAGUAAGAUGAUCCUGGAAGCACAGCUCAUCGAACUCCCACUAGGCAAUAUAGUACCUCUCGGAGACUCCGCAGGCUCAUCCGAGGCACUCGGAUCUCUCAGUAAUUCGAUCUCACGGCGGGAAUCCGCUCAAAGCUGCGUCAGCGAUUCUGGCGCCGAUGGAGUGCGCUACGUCCGAACGCCGUCCGUCGUAGUUUCCGACUAUUCCGAUGAAACAAUGUGCGGCAUCACACUGGAAGAAAUUGAGUAUCUUCGCCGUCAUCAACUGCGCCGGUUGUCCAUCGACUGUGAGUCGGACAUCAGCGCGGCAUCGUCCUGCAGCAAUCUGAACUACUGCGGGUCCUCUAUUAGCGCUCUGGAAGGUUGUGACUAUCAGUGCGGACUGCGAACACCGGAACGGAAAGUGUCGGACUGUUCGACCUGUUCGACGCUCAGCAUCGACGAAGAAGAUCCGGCACUGAGACAGCGGCUACAGGAGCUGAACCUUAGACCGCCGGGAGCGGAACCGGAGCUGGAGCCGAAAUGUCAUCCCAAGAAGAAGCCCUCUGGAUGGCGCAAACUGCGCAAUAUCGUUCAAUGGACACCGUUCUUCCAGACAUACAAGAAACAGCGCUACCCAUGGGUGCAGCUAGCCGGACACCAGGGUAACUUCAAAGCCGGUCCGGAUCAGGGUACAGUGCUGAAGAAACUGUGCCCCAAGGAGGAGAAAUGCUUUAAGGUCCUCAUGAAAGACGUCAUCCGGCCGUACGUUCCUGAGUACAAGGGUCAAGUGAACAGCGACGAUGGUGAAUCCACCUACAUCCAGCUGCAAGAUCUGCUGAGUGACUUCUACCAGCCGUGCGUGAUGGACUGCAAAAUUGGCGUGCGGACCUACCUGGAGGAGGAACUUUCCAAAGCCAAAGAGAAGCCGAAACUACGAAAGGACAUGUACGAAAAGAUGAUUCAGAUCGAUGGGAACGCACCGACCGAAGAGGAACACCGCGCCAAGGGAGUCACUAAGCCACGCUACAUGGUAUGGCGGGAAACAAUCUCCAGCACCUCGACGCUUGGCUUUCGGAUAGAGGGCAUUAAAAAAAGCGACGGAACAAGCUCGAAGGACUUCAAAACGACCAAAUCCCGCGAGCAAAUCACUGAAGCAUUCCAGGAAUUCACCGAAAGUUUCCCGCACGCCUUGCCUAAAUACAUCCAACGACUGAAGGCAAUUCGGGCCACGCUUGGCUAUUCGGAUUUCUUCAAAGGACACGAGGUGAUCGGCAGUUCGUUGCUGUUCGUACACGACCGGCACAACGCCAGCGUGUGGCUUAUCGAUUUCGCCAAAACGGUCGCCCUGCCGGACGGAGUGACCAUCUCGCACGACAGCAAAUGGAAGGUUGGCAACCACGAGGAUGGCUACAUGAUCGGGAUCAAUAACCUCAUCGAAAUAUUCGAGGAAGUGUAUGAAGCCCAGCAGGUGGCGCUCUCCGAGCGGAUACCGAGGCUUUCGUUGCCUGAUCUGGAUGAUUUCAGCAGUAUCAACAGCAAUAACAACAACACUCGCAGCAGUAGCAGCAGCAGUAGGAGUGAGCGCACAACGAUCAACGAAGAUACGGUACAAACCCCGUUGGUAGGCGACCUGACUGCAAUGACAUUGAGUUCGCAAACUACGAUCGCUCCUUCGGAACCUGCACUAGAAUCCUCCAGCAGCGUCGCCUACUGUCUGAACAACAACAACUGCGACUGCAAAAGUGACGACCUUCCCAAUCCGAAUAGUUAAUCUUUUUGUCAGAUCCUGAUACGUAGCAAAAUAAGUAGAACCCCCUAUAGGCAUUGUUGUUGAUACGUUUGUUCGGGCCCACAGAACCGCUUGACGUAGAACUGAAACUGAGCUGUCGAUUUGGGGGGAGAGAAACCUCCCCCCGGUAGCAUAUCCGCUCGGCACCCGAAGCUCCAACGUCUAGUAUUUUUAUCGUGUUUCUUAAGAAUCUCAAGACUCUACACAUUACGGAUGGAUACGAUUAGACAGUUAAACUAGUUUAUCAUACACAUAUACAACAUAAACGUAUACAAUCAAUUUUGUAUUACUACAACCUAUACGGUAAUCAUCAGCUAGCUAGAAUGCGACUAGCACGAAUAUAGUGCGAGACAGUUUAGUUUUCCUUUAUAUGAGAAAGAGAUUUUUUUCCCUGUUGCUAGUUCUUACUAUUCCACUAUUCAUAGACAAAUGCGUUACUCAUUUGAACAUAUUUAUCAUUUACAUUGCAUUCAUUAUUCCAUUUGGCUAUUCCAGAAGCUGCGUGCAACAAAGCUAUAUUUGUUGUCAAAACUAUAUAAUCAUAAAACAAUGUACAUUUUAUGAAUAAACAUUUAU